CGCUACUUCCGAGUCACGACCAUGGUGGUGCUGAAAAUUGUCUCCUCGUCUCCUUUUUCCAAGAGAAAAGUUUAGACUCCCGGCGCAAAUAUGGGUUUCCAGAAUAUUUGGUAUUCACAUCCACGAAAAUACGGUCAAGGAUCUAGAUCCUGCCGCGCCUGUGCAAAUAGACAUGGGCUUAUUCGCAAAUACGGUUUGAACAUAUGUCGACAGUGCUUCAGAGAAUAUGCAGCCGAUAUUGGUUUCAAGAAGUUGGAUUAAAUAUAAUAUAGGAAUGAUUGGAGCAUUUUCUGACAAAUCACGAUGAUUUUUGCAGCAACAUCUUUGAAAGCUAAAGAACAGAGAUUGUAACAUCUGACACUCAACAUUCUUGAAAUGAAUAUAUUUAUAUAAUCCAA